AUGAAACUUUGUGACCCUGUCAAGCAGCUCGAGGCCGCACGUGGGUACGUGUAUCCGACGGAUGGUGCGCUGGUGCUAGUAAAUACCAAAAAAAUGGCGGCAGGACAGCAUUUGCUGCAUGGCUAUCGCAAUCGCAGUGCUAAGGUCUGGCACUUUUUUGGCCACACGCUAGCGGCCAUUAAGACGGUCAAACAGCGUAAGAAGUUUCUCGAUGUCGUGGCCAAGGGUGACUUGGCUGAGGUCAUGGACGCACUAAACGCGGGCGCUGAUCUUACAAUCAAGAAUUCGUUAGGGCAGUCACCUGUCUACGUAGCCGCUGCUAAUGGCUUUCACCACGUGCUUACGCUUCUACUGGAGCGUGGUGCAAACGUGAACGAGAUGGCGCUAGACGGCUUUACCCUUUUGCACGUUGCUUGCGAAAAUAAUCACAACCGUGUGGCCAAGAUUCUUGUUAAAUACAAUGCGCGCGUGGAUGUGGUGGCACUCAGCGGGUGUACGCCGCUGCAUGUUGCGGCUAAGCACGGCCACUCGGAGAUUGUAGCCAUGCUGUUGUCGGCGCGAGCUAAGACUGACUUUCCGGUUCGGGAUACGACCACGACAGCGUUGUUGCUGGCAUGCAUGGCCGGACAUUCAAAUGUAGUCGAGCAACUGCUGGACGCUGGUGCUGAUCCGCAGGUAGAAGACGCAGAUGGUAACACGCCGCUGCACUUUACUAGCCGCGACGGGAAUUAUCGUGCUACUUAUCUUUUGCUGACCGCUGGAGCUGAUCCAGACAUGCCAAAUGAGAAGGGCGAGACAGCCUUUGACAUGGCCGAACAACAAGGUCACUCGCACGUGCAUUACCUGCUGGAGACAAAUGGUAUGGGUGCGGAUGGCCAGACAGUGGAUGAGAUGGAUAUUGCUUGCUCUCAGGAUGUUCGUCUCAGUGAGGCAUUGGCUCGCAACAGGCCAGAAAUUGCAGAGGUGAUUGUGAAGCUUCAUAUGAAGUAUGCUGGCUAUUUCGCGCUGGGUGCACUUCCCGAAGACGAGCGUGUGACCGAAUUCACGGAGAAUACUAACCAGCUGCUGUUUUAA